GGGGGGUAUUCCAGAAAGCUUGGUUAACUUACCAUUUGAUAAACUAUAACCUCUGGGUUGAUUUACCCCAAACAGGCAUACCAUGAGUAUGUCGGUUCCAAAACACCUGAGAAGAGUUAGCUUAAUCAACCUCUGACUGGUUACCCAGAGUUAAUGCGCGUGCACGGUGCAUGUAUAAAGACAUUUUCAAUGGAUCGCCGAUUUCACGAGUCACCAUGGAAACUCAAAGCGAAAAAAAGAGAGCCGCGUAUUUCACAGAGGCGGAGUUGGAAGUUUUAAUGCAUGCUUAUGAGGAGUUUAAGCCAAUAAUAUUAAAAAGAAGCAAUACAGCUGCAUCGGCUAAAGCAAGAGAGUUGGCUUGGCAAAAAAUAACGGACAGAGUAAAUGCGUGUAAUCCUUCUGGAGCCACAAGAACUUUAAGCCAAGUCAAAAUGAAACACAAAAACAUUCUGCAAAAAGCUAACAGAAAAAAGACUGAAGCCCGUCUAACUGGCGGGGGGCCACCACCACCUCCCCUCACCCCAUCUGAGGAGCUGGCUCUGUCCCUUAAUAAAGGGCGACCAGUGGUUGCUGGCAUUCCAGGGGGCAGUUCAUCACACAUACUAUGCACCACAAGUGAUGGUGAAAAAAGGAUACUGAUGGACGGAUUGUAUUAUUGGACUCUCCAGAAAGAACACAGUCUGUCACAGUUGAUGAAGAUGAUGAUGACGAUGAAGAGACCACAUCUGCUGUGACAGAAGUGGACAAUGCUGGUAGAUCCACUGAGGUAUGAUGCAUACCAUUAUGAUGUAUGGCCCCUUUUUGCAUUAGAGUAACAAACUGUCAUUGUCCUUUCAUAGUACAUACCUAGGGAUUUGCCCACAGAUGAGGGUCCUUCAGCCUCAGCACACAAUCUAAGC